GCCCGCCGCGGAAGUGGAAGGUGUUUGCCGUUAGUCGUCGAUUGGAGACUCAGAGAGCUCCAUCAUCAACAUAUAAUUUUGCUCGUUCUUGUUAAAGAGAACAAGUUCACCGCAGAAUCUCUGUCUGAGCUUUCAUACGGAAUGGAAGGUCACGGCCCCGGCGUUGGCCGUGUUUUUGUGCUGAUCUUCUGCAUCUUCGGAAUUUGGUCGGCUUAUAUAACACAAGGUGUUCUUCAGGAAACAGUGUCCACCAAGAGAUUUGGCCCAGAUGGGAAACGGUUUGAGCAUCUUUCAUUCUUGAACUUAGCUCAAAAUGUAGUUUGUUUAAUCUGGUCAUUUAUAAUGAUAAAACUGUGGUCCAGAGGUAGUGCUGGCGGUGCUCCUUGGUGGAGUUAUUGGAGUGCUGGCAUCACCAACACGAUAGGUCCAGCCAUGGGAAUUGAAGCGUUAAAGUAUAUCAGUUACCCAGCACAGGUCCUUGCAAAAUCCUCCAAAAUGAUUCCAGUGAUGUUGAUGGGUACACUUGUUUAUGGAAUUAAAUACACUUUUCCUGAGUAUAUAUGUACUUUCCUUGUUGCUGGAGGGGUAUCAGCAUUUGCUCUUUUAAAGACUAGCUCAAAGACCAUAAGCAAACUGGCUCACCCAAAUGCACCCCUUGGAUAUGGUCUGUGUUUCCUGAACUUGGCUUUUGAUGGAUUUACAAAUGCUACUCAGGAUUCAAUAACAGCAAGGUAUCCAAAGACAAGUGCUUGGGAUAUAAUGUUUGGAAUGAAUCUUUGGGGUUCCAUAUAUAACAUGGUCUACAUGUUUGGUUGGCCACAUGGCAGUGGAUUUGAGGCAGUCCAGUUCUGCAAGCAGCAUCCAGAGGCAGCUUGGGACAUCUUUGUCUACUGUCUGUGUGGAGCAGUGGGCCAGAACUUUAUCUUCUUGACUAUAAGCAGAUUUGGCUCACUUGCAAACACCACCAUUACCACAACCCGCAAGUUUGUGAGCAUCGUGGUGUCUUCACUGUUGAGUGGCAAUCCCCUUUCAUCAAAGCAAUGGGGGAGUGUUUUCAUGGUCUUCUCUGGGUUGUCAUAUCAGAUCUACCUCAAGUGGAGGAAAUUGCAGAGACUACAGAAGAAGAGAAAGUCCAUGUGAGCAACAGUUUUUUAUUUUUUACAUUACUCAUCUGGUUUUCAUUUUUGUUAUAAUCUGGGACUAAGCCUUAAGGUUUAGUGUUCCCUUCAUUUUAGAUGGUUCUUUAGAAUAUCAGCCCAGGAAUUGAAUAGAUCUCUCAUGAGAUAUGCUGUAAAUUUGCAGUUUUGGUAAUGUAAACUAGUUUUCAGUGUUAUCCUAGCUAAAUCUAUAAACUUCAUGUAUAAUUUUUUCUGAACUGUGUAUUUUAAUUAGGGGUGAAAGCCUCAGAACCAGUCUCA